AUGUCAGGUGGUGCGGACACCGCAGCAAAUGGCUGUUACUCUGCUGGUGUAGAUUACAGCGCUGACGAAUGGAGGGGCAGGGAGCUUGCCACCGAUUCUUCCCUGGAGCAGGCCAUGUACAGCUUGAUUGACAAUAAGAUGUCUAAGAGUAGCCAGAAUCCCCUCACGAGGGCGCUGCAUGCAGCCGUUGAAGUAAAUGAUGUUGCACCGGUGGAGAAGCUCAUACAGGAAGGUAAGGCGGCGCAGCGCGGCAACCUCGGCGUCGUGAGGGCGCUGCUAGGCAACCGCGCCGUCGUCGUCGACCAGCUCGACUUCUACGAGCGCACGGCGCUGAUGUACGCCUCCGAGCACGGCCACCGCGACGUCGUCGACGCCCUCAUCGAGCGAGGCGCGUUCGCCAAGUCGGUGGUGGUAGGUUGGCGUAGGGUAGUUCAGGGCACAACUCUCAGGUUGGCUCUUGGUACACUGUUUGGCAUUGAGGUGUUCUCAGGCACUUGUUGGUUUAGGUGCUCUCAGGCUGGAAGUAAAUCCAGGGCAAGACGCUUUGACACGAGUGAACGUUUAACUCCCUUGCACUGUGCAUGUGGACGAGGCUUUACAGGGAUCGCGAAGAAAUUGCUCAAAUAUGGUGCUAAAGUAGAUUCCCUCGACUAUAGCAAGAAGACUCCACUUCAUGUUGCAGCCAUCAGAGGGCACCACGAGGUGGUGGAACUUCUCAUUGAACAUGGAGCCAAUAUCAACUUGGCAUACACUAAAGAUCAUACACCACUGUUUGAAGCCGUGUGGCAGAACGACAUGGAAAUGGUGCGAAUGCUUCUGCAAGGUGGUGCCGAGACCAGACACUGCGCGCUGGUGCACAACGCCAUCUCUCACAGGAAUAUCGAGCUAGUCGACAUGCUCGUGAAAGCAGGAUGUCACGUCGACCAGCUGGACUGUAGCGGUGACACCCCCAUGCAUGCCGCUGUGAGGCACUCUAUCAUUCCCAUAGUAGAAAAUCUAGUCGAUUACGGUUGUGAUGUGAACAUCGGCAGUGACUACAGUGGCGCCACACCGUUGCACGUGACUGUCAGGAUCGAUAUGGAAUUCCCAGUCUUUCAGAAAAUCCUUAACAUUCUCAUAAAGGCCGGCGCCAAGCUGGACGUGGAGAGCUGCGAGGCGGGCAAGACGCCUCUCUACACGGCCAUUAUGCAGAAGAAGGCGGCCGUCGCUCGCGAGCUGAUCCGACGCGGCGCCGAAGUGAACCGCGUGCAGCAGCGCUCGCGCAACUACCUGCACACGGCCUGGUACAGCGGCCAGCCGCAGAUCGUGCGUGCGCUCGUCACGGCCGGCUACAGCCUGCAGGACGAGCAGUGGCUCUUCGUGCAGGACCUAGCCGACCUGACGGCAGACGAGCUGGACACGCUGCUCUGGCUGCAGCGGCAGAAGCACAACGCGCGCCCGCUCGCAAACCUGUGCGCGAUUGCGCUGCGCCGCACGCUGUAUGGUGGCGACCUCUACGUCAAGGUGGAGGCGCUGCCGCUGCCUAGGCGGCUGAAGGAAUCGGUGCAGAUGCGCGAUUUGUAGCGUGCGCGCGACGGCGCUGUUUAAUAAUUGGUUGUAAUGAUUAAAUGUAAUUAAUUAUAAUUCUAAAAUAUAUU